AAGCGCCCCAAGCCCGUUCUUCCUGCCGCUGCUACUUUAAAAAUCCUCGAAUCCGAUCUGUUUCCGCGUGGCGGUCCGGCGAUCAUUUGGUCUCCGAUCGGAGGAAGAGGAUCGUUCGCGGCAGCUGCUCCGCCUGAGGGACCUCCAAUGCGAUCUAGGGCUCCGCCGUUCGGAUAGUCUGUGACGGCGUCGUUGUCGGGAAGCAAGUCGGAAAGUCGUUGCCGCCGCAUUCGCCAUGGCCGCGCCGUUCUUCUCGACGCCUUUCCAGCCCUACGUUUAUCAGAGUCCUCAAGAUGCUGUCAUACCCUUCCAGAUUUUAGGUGGCGAAGCACAGGUUGUCCAGAUAAUGUUGAAGUCACAAGAAAAAGUUGUUGCAAGGCCUGGUUCUAUGUGCUUCAUGUCUGGGUCUAUUGAAAUGGACAAUGUUUAUCUACCUGAGAAUGAAGCGGGUAUGUGGCAAUGGCUUUUUGGCAAGAAUGUGACAAGCAUAACUCUUCGAAACCCCGGUCCUGAUGAGGGAUUUGUUGGAAUAGCUGCACCUUCUCUUGCAAGAAUUCUCCCGAUUGACCUGGCUGUGUUUGGUGGAGAAAUUUUAUGCCAGCCAGAUGCAUUUCUUUGCUCUAUCAACGAUGUCAAGGUCACUAGCACGAUUGAUCAGAGGGCACGCCAUGUGGUCACUGGUGCAGAGGGAUUUUUGAGACAGAAACUCUCAGGCCAAGGACUUGCAUUUUUAGCUGCGGGUGGAUCUGUUGUGCAGAAGAAUCUUGAGGUUGGAGAAGUCUUAGCUGUUGAUGUAUCCUGCAUUGCUGCUGUAACAGGCACGGUCAAUAUCCAAAUUAAGUACAAUGGUCCCAUCAGAAGAGCAGUCUUUGGGGGUGAUAAUCUAGUAACAGCCAUUCUGACAGGGCCAGGGAUCGUGUUCAUCCAGAGCCUGCCCUUUCAUAGACUUUCUCAGCGAAUCGCUCGGGCUGUAACCUCUCCGAACAUGAGGGAGAACCCCAAGUUUUUCAUUCAGAUAGCCAUCUUCUUCUUUCUUGCGUAUGUUGUGAUUGUAUCUUCAUUGAUCUUGACAGAUGUAUAACUUUCUCUUUUUCCUUUCUUUAGCCUGAUUUUUACUAGACCCCCUUGGUUUUUCGACUGAUUGUCAUGCAAGUCCAUCCUUUAUGGUAUAGGCAGAUAUAUGAAAAGAAAGAAUUUCAAUCUGUGUUUGAACUUUUGAUGUGCUCUGACCCUUCUACUGAGGAAGCUACUUUUUCCCUUCGCUUA